UCCAAUCAUUUUGAGAACAGAUAUGUAUUGUACUAGUGUCGGGGAAAUAUUCGUUUGUGGAUAUAUCUACUUCGAUUUCGGGAUGAUUUAGUGUUUAGAGACUGGGCAUUACACUGAUAAGGGCGGACACCUGUUAACUGUUAUUAACCGGACUAUUUACACUGUUACAAUAUGGAUAGAAAACCACCCAGACCACGGACGCUAGCUCUCACGCCCCAAUCUGGUAAAAAACAAGUAAAAGUUUCUCGACAAAGAAAGACUGCCUCAUGGGUGUCCAAGAACGACAAACAGCAUGACCUUCGCUAUCUCGCUAAUGACAUCAAGAGUAUUAUACAAGGAAUAACAUUCGAGAAGUCAACCGAGCCGACCUCUGGAGCUACCGACGGCUUCAUGCGACGCGCGGCGUAUAUUGGUGUCCGGCGGAGUUCAACUUCGGACGAAAGUCGGCGACUGUCGUCUAGGCGAAGUGAUGUCGUUUCGUCCUUUUACCGUGAACGACAAGAGCGUGAUCAGCUCACACGCGAGUCCAUGCAUAUCGCACGACGAGCCGCGCUCCAGGACGUAUACAACGAGGAGCGCGGAGAAUUGGCCAAGGGUUCGAGUCUGAAGCGGAUAUCGUGUCCCUGGGAUAUGUAUUAUGAUAAAGACCGCGACGAAAGUCGUUCUUUACAGAUGAUGGCCAAAGAACUUCGUCAUGUACAAGAUGUACGCGAAAAGGAAGUGCGCGACCUUCUCACACUGAAUACUAAACUACAGGACGACCUGUUUGAGUCUGACCAGGAGGUAUGUGCCUUGCAGGAAACGAACGCUGGACUGGAAGGUCGUCUGGAUGACAUGCUUCAGGUGUACGAACGUAUUAAAGGCAACCUCAAGCGCUGUCUGACAAAGGUCAAGGACUUGGAGAAACUCGGAAAGCUUUCUGGCAACUACAGCGAUGAUGAGGUCAUACUAAGAAAUGGCAAGGGAGAUAAAUCGGAGGUGUCCAGCGUAUCGUCGGGAUUUAACACCCUGUCUGAGUCUGAAAAUGUAUCCCUGGGACCGGGAUACGAAGGUGACGGAGAGGGGUCAAUCUGUGCUGAUAUCAGUCGUCAACUUGACGACGCAAUCAAUGGGGCAUCACCUCUCCCUGGAUUACCACUGGCUACACCUGCAAAACAGACGGACCGUCCUUCUGCACCUCCGGGUACACCUCGCUCAGCUACGCCCUCUAGUGACAUUGCACUGCUGCAGUCCGCGGACAAACAGUUUAUAGGAAGACUCCAAGCUGAUGUCAACUCAUUGUCUGAAAUUAACAACGAACAAUCAAAAGAAAUUGAGAGGUUGCGGUCGGACCUGAUGACAUGCCGAAAACACAUGAUGACGUCACAAUUUCAGUUAGAGGCUGUGGAGAUAGAAUGUGGACGUCUGUUAUCGAUGGAAGACCAACUCAUCUCCGUCAUAACCCUGCUGAAGCGGGCUAGGGAGCAGCACGUUCAUCGCCAAUUGUUAGGGGAUAUUAUGAUGGGAGCUAUCGCAGCGGCUGUGGCUCUAGAGGAUGAUGUAUCGCCGGGAUUGUGCGCCGAGUCUUUCUUACGAGAAUUACAGGAACAGUUGUCUCUUCAUCCCGUCCUCAUGUCUGUGGAACUCUUAGAGGGCGCUGUUGCAUCACGUGUCACGCUCUCAAACGUAGAAAAAGUCUCCCGACAAAACAAGAGCUUGUUGGAGGAUCUCAAGUUCAUCGAUGACGAAGAUGGUGGACAACUGAGUGACAAUGAUUCUUUUCACAGCCUUGGCAAACACCUUAACGACCCAGAAGAUAAAGCACAUAAUGAUUCGGCAUGAUUCAACGUCAGCGGCCAUGAUGAUGACGUUUUAUAUAAUUUCAAUGCAAUAUAUUUAACCCGUUACCUCAGUAACAAUGGCAGUCUAUUUAUAUAUAUAUUACAUACUCAUUCCUUUUU